CACAGAAUGGCAGCUUCGUGCCCCUAACUUGCAGCCCCUCGCCACAGUGUCGAGCUGGCCAAAUGAUGUAGUAGUAACGGCAGAGGUGGAGGUGUCGGGAGGGCGUGAAGGCAGGACGGGAAACAUCAAUCUGGGGCACAGGGGCGACGCCCAUCGCGGAGGGGGGACGGGUUGCCCUCGAGAGUUUCGCGUGUUGUAAUCAGACGCCGAGCUUUUGUAUAGCUUGACAAGCGCUUAUAGGAAAACUCAUCAUUGUCUAUCUAUUCACAAACGCAAUCAGUAUAGCCGUAGCUUGUAGGCGUGGCCAGCAGUCUCAGGAUGAGCACGCUCGGCAUGCUGGCGAUGUCAGCUAGCUUAUGGAGGCGAGGCCAUAGGCUUCGGAGCGUCGAUGGCGUGCUCGGGAAGUUGUUAAUGGUUGCGGAGCCUGGGACGGAAUCGGCGUCCACACCAGCUACGGCUUCGGCAGGUGUCCGCAGCCAUACACUCGCCCUGCAGCGGUGGCCCAUGUCGCAGUUGGCGUUGGAUGUGCAGACCACCCAACCGCACCUCUACCCGCCGCGCUGGACGCUGGGCGCCCCCGCCCACUUCUCCACCUCCUCCUCCCUCUCCUUCCCUUCCUCCCCCUCCUCUCCCUCCUCCUCCUCCUCCCCCUCUGCUUCCCCCUCCCCCUCUUCUUCCCCUUCCUCCACCUCCUCGGCGCCGCCAGGCGCCACUGCCUCCUCCUCCUCCCCCUCCUCCCCCUCCUCCUUCUUCCAGUCUCACCGACGGAUGACGGACGCCGAGGUGGAAGCAGCCAUAGAGGCGGCGCCGCCCACCUCGGGCGGGUCCAGCCUGCUGAUGGCGGCGCUGCCGCCGCGCCUGGUGCCGUACGCGCAGCUGAUGCGGCUGGACAAGCCCAUUGGCACCUGGCUGCUGGCGCUGCCCUGCAUCUGGUCAAUAGGUCUGGCCACGCCCGCAGGCCAGCUGCCCAGUCUGUAUAUGAUGGCGCUGUUCGGGGCGGGGGCAGUGCUGCUGCGCGGCGCGGGCUGCACCAUCAACGACCUGUGGGACCGGCGGCUGGACGCUGCGGUGGAGCGCACCCGCAGCAGGCCGCUGGCAGCCGGCACCUUGCAGCCGCGGGACGCGGUCGCGCUGCUGGUGGUGCAGCUGUCCCUGGGUCUGGUCAUUCUGCUGCAGCUCAACGACUACAGCAAGCUGCUCGGCGCAAGCUCUCUGGCACUGGUGGGCACCUACCCGCUCAUGAAACGGAUCACCUUCUGGCCCCAGGCCUUCCUGGGCCUCACCAUGAACUGGGGCGCGCUGCUGGGCUACAGCGCCGUGGCGGGCGGGGUGGACUGGGCCGUGUGCCUGCCGCUGUACGGCGCCGGCGUGGCGUGGACACUGGUGUACGACACAAUCUACGCCCACCAGGACAAGAAGGACGAUGCGCGUGUGGGCGUCAAGUCCACCGCACUGCUGUUCGGCGCCGCCUCCAAAACCUACUUUGCGGCCUUCACCGCCGCCACCGCCGCAGGCCUGGUGGCGGCGGGCCUGGCGGCGGGAGCCGGGCCGUCAUACUACGCCGGCACGGCGGGCAUGGUGGGCCACAUGGCGUGGCAGAUCCAAAACGUGGAUCUGGAGAACGGGCCAGACUGCGCGGCCAAGUUUGGAUCCAACAAGUGGGCGGGCGGGAUUCUGGCGGCGGGGAUCCUGGCGGAUAAGGUGGCUGCCAGCGGCUGGCACGACUGGUACGAGGCGAUGUAGCUGCUGCGAAUGGUGUGCAGCUGCUUUGCAGCUAGCGUGGAUGUAGCGGCUGCGAAUGGUGUGCCGCUGCUUUGCAGCUAGCGUGGAUGUAGCUGUGAGCGGGUGGUGAGACCAGGCAUCAGACGACAGGGUCGACGCCGUGCGUGCUGAGUCGCAAGCAAUCAGCAAGCAGUGACCCGUGUGGCAUGUUGCAUGGUCCAGGUGUAUGGUGGAUGGCAUCGAUGGAGAGGAGAUGGCUCGCGGUGUUGUUCGGUGGAUGGGUGAGGAUAUGUGUGUACUGGCGAGCCCCUGAGUCGAGCCGCCUCCCUGAAACAAUAGAUUACAUCAGCCGGUGUCUGGUUGGCAGUCUGUGCUGGCGAGCAUAGCAUGGCACGGUGUGUGGCGGGAUUUAUUGCUGUGUUGCCUGUUGUUCUUGUGCUUGACAGCGGGACGUGGCUGGACACAUUGCGAGCGGUGCCUGCACAAAUCGACCUCGGCUAUGUCCGGGAGAUAAUGUCGUUAUGUAGACGCUCCACUGCCAGGGUACGUCGUACGGUCGUAGGCAGUAGGUUCAGGUCCUGUUGGGUCCAAACCCUCCACACAUUCCGUCCGGGCCUGCCACAUGGAGUCGGGUGCAACGGUG